UAAAUACAUUUUUAAAAAUUAUGCUGAAGCAUUAGCAAAUUAUAAGUAGUAUUUCUGUGUAGAUUUGUUAUGGGUUUAUGUUAGUUAUAUGGAGUUUCUCUGUCCUAAGUCUGUUCAGUGAGGCUAUAUUACAUGUGCACUGGGCUCUUUAUAAAGAAUUCCCCAGGAAGCUGUGUGAACCUCCAUAAAAACAAGAUGUUAUCAGAAAGCUUACAGAAAAUGGCAUUACUUUUCUAAUCUUGUUUUGUAGGACAUCAUAAAAAGAAAAAACAAUCAUUUGAAAAUAUUAUACAAAAAGUAGGCACAAGGGGUGAUUUAUUCUGGAAACAGAACUGCUGAUUUUUUCAAGUUUCUUAUUUUUAAUUUAAGAUUGCCAACAUUUAAAAAACUUGCAAUGCUACAGUUGGGUGGCCAUGGAACGUGUGGUCUUGACAUAAGUAGUACUUAUUCUCCUACUGAAAAGUUAAAACCUGAAAAAAUGACCCGAAGCAAAGCAGACCUGAUCAAAGGUGAAGCCAUAUCACGUGCGCAAGGGAAUAAGUCAGCUAUUUGGCUUCUAUUGCUUCCCUGAGGCUGAACCUACUGGCUUCUGUCUUGUAAUUAUUGAGUCUUUUUUUUUUUUUUUUUUUUUUUAAUAAUUUCAGUUCUCUCUGUAUGUCUUGUGUUGGAGUCUUUGUCAGUGGUGUAGAGAGACGUUCCAGUUGGUGGUGUGGAAAACACUGAACUUGUAUUUGGUGGUUGAUUGGAAAGUGUUCUGAAGUCCCUAAGGUACCUGCUUUGUUUUUUUAGGAAAUUGAAGAUGGCUGUCGAGUUAUGCUAGGUCUACGAUGGGAAGUGUCACAGUUCGGUACUUCUGUUACGGGUGCCUUUUCACUUCUGCAACCUGGACAGUUUUGCUUUUUGUUUAUUUCAACUUCAGUGAAGUGACACAGCCACUCAAGAAUGUGCCCAUCAAGGGGUCUGGACCCCAUGGACCUUUUCCAAAAAAAUUUUAUCCACGCUUCACUCGAGGUCCAAGUCGAGCAUUAGACACACAGUUCAAAGUGAACAAAAUUGAUGAUGUGAUAGAUAAUGACGUUGAAGAUCCAGAAAAAGACCACUUGAAAUUCUCUUCUGAGUUGGGUAUGAUUUUUAAUGAACGUGAUCAGGAGUUGAGAGACUUGGGCUACCAAAAACAUGCCUUUAACAUGCUGAUUAGUAACCGCUUGGGCUACCAUAGAGACGUGCCGGAUACAAGGAAUGCAGCAUGCAGAGAAAAGUCCUACCCAGCCGACCUGCCUGUCGCCAGUGUCGUUAUUUGUUUUUACAAUGAAGCAUUCUCUGCCUUGCUCCGCACUGUGCACAGCGUCCUGGACCGCACACCAGCUCACCUUCUCCACGAGGUCAUCCUUGUUGAUGAUGACAGCGACUUUGAUGAUUUGAAAGGAGAACUAGAUGAAUAUGUCCAAAAACAUCUCCCUGGAAAAAUUAAAGUAAUAAGAAAUACAAAGCGUGAGGGGUUGAUCCGGGGAAGAAUGAUCGGAGCAGCCCAUGCCACAGGAGAAGUCCUUGUGUUCCUGGACAGCCACUGCGAAGUCAAUGUGAUGUGGCUGCAGCCCUUGCUGGCGGUUAUCCGUGAGGACCGGCACACCGUGGUGUGCCCCGUCAUCGACAUCAUCAGUGCCGACACACUGGCCUACAGCUCGUCCCCUGUCGUGCGUGGAGGGUUCAACUGGGGCCUGCACUUCAAGUGGGAUCUCGUUCCGCUUUCCGAGCAGGGAGGAGCAGAGGGCGCCACUGCACCUAUUAAGUCGCCCACGAUGGCUGGAGGGUUAUUCGCCAUGGACAGACUCUACUUCAACGAGCUUGGACAGUACGACAGCGGCAUGGACAUCUGGGGAGGAGAAAACUUGGAAAUAUCAUUUCGGAUCUGGAUGUGUGGAGGUAGACUCUUCAUCAUCCCUUGCUCUAGAGUAGGACACAUUUUCCGGAAAAGGCGACCCUAUGGAUCUCCUGAAGGCCAAGACACCAUGACCCACAACUCUCUGAGGCUGGCCCACGUCUGGCUGGACGAGUACAAGGAGCAGUAUUUUUCUUUAAGACCUGAUUUGAAGACCAAAAGUUAUGGAAAUAUCAGUGAACGUGUUGAGCUGAGGAAGAAGUUGGCCUGUCACUCAUUUAAAUGGUAUUUGGACAAUGUUUACCCAGAGAUGCAGAUUCCAGGGCCCAAUGCCAAACCCCAGCAGCCUGUCUUCUUCAACAGAGAGCCAAAGCGCCCCAGAGUGCUGCAGCGUGGCAGGCUCUACCAUUUGCAGACCAACAAGUGUCUGGUGGCUCAGGGCCGUCCAAGUCAGAAGGGCGGCCUGGUUGUGCUCAAGGCCUGUGACUAUGGAGACCCCAAUCAGGUCUGGAUUUAUAAUGAAGAACAUGAAUUGGUUUUAAAUAACCUUUUGUGUCUAGACAUGUCAGAGACUCGCUCAUCAGACCCACCACGGCUCAUGAAGUGCCAUGGCUCUGGGGGGUCCCAGCAGUGGACCUUUGGGAAAAAUAACCGGCUGUAUCAGGUGUCUGUUGGACAGUGCCUGCGAGCGAUGGAUCCACUGGGACAGAAAGGCUCCGUUGCCAUGGCGAUCUGUGAUGGCUCCCCCUCACAACAGUGGCAUUUGGAAGGUUAAGGUCCAUGUUUGGGCCAGAAGGGUGAUCCGCUGGGCGUUGCCUGCUCCGGCAAGGGAGCACCUCACUGCUGCGCAGAUGCAGGCCAGCUGCUCUGGAGGGGGACUGUCCUCUCGGAGCCAGGUGACGGCAGGGGUGACAGAGACGGGAGCUGCGUGGGACCCUCUGUAGGUGCAGAGGUCAUUUCUGAGCUGCUUUUAAAGAAUUCCAUUUAGUGACCCGGAAUAUAGACAUAAUUCUGUAAGGAAUUGAUAUAGGACAAAACCCAGGAAAUGUACAUUUCUGUUGAAAUUUAUUGAUGUUUUUUAAUCUGUGUAAUGAUGAAAUUAGUUUGUAUCUGAUUAGGAGCUUAUCAUAAUUUCCUUUCUUAGAAAACUUAGGGCAUACUUAAUUCUAGAAUGUUCUUAAUAGAUAAUUUAAAGACUGAAUCUGUUACUUUUCAGGGGGCAAACCAUUUAUAAGACCAUAUUUAAGAGGCAGUUAACUUAUAAAUUAUUUUUGAUGAAUUAUGGUCCUGUCUACACUUAAAAUAAAGGAUCCUUUUGAUUAUUUAA